AUGCCGCCUAAAAAAAAUAAGCGAAAAUUCUUUGGCGGUAAGAGUAACAAAAAUAAAUCGGCAAAAUUAGAGGAGGAAAAUGCAUCUAAACAAGAUGAUGAUGUGCAACAGAAACAACAAAAAGAAAGUGAAUCAGAAGAAAACAAUCAGCAAGAAGAGGAAAUGGAUUUUCGAAUGCAAAAAUCUUCCGUUCAUGCCAGUACGCAGUCAGUUACGAAUGACUCAACAAUCGGUCAACUAGAAUUAGCGAAUUUGGCGGAAACGAAUGUUACCAAAAUGGGUGGAACAAUGUCGUGUGAUCCAUCGCUGUCAAUGCCAUCGAGAACAUUACGAUGGUGUAGUGAGCCGAAUUUAAAUAAUAGUAGUAAUGCAUUUACGGUACAAACAUUUCGUGGUGCUAGUGGAAAUCAAAUAGCGACAAUAAAAUUAAAAGUUAUUCAAUUUAUUGGAGAGAUUCCAAAAGAAACACGCAACAUUGCUGCUGUUCCGAUAGAUGCUGCUCCAAAAAAUCAAAAGAAACUCGAAGAAAUAGACGAAGAAGAGAUUGAAGGGAAUGAGAGCAUGGCGCAUGAUAACGUAGAAAAUAAUCAAAAUAAAUUUAAAGAUGAGCAUGAAAGUGAGAAAGAAGAACUUGGUACGAUGCCAAAAUUAGAUCAUUUUAAGGAAGAUGAAGCAAAUGAACCUCAGCAGCAGAUAAAGAAAAGAUUCGAUGACAAUUACCGAGUUGAAUCACCGAAACAAAUUUCCUCUCCACAUAUCAGUGCUGGUGUUGUAGAAAAUUCUCAAAAUACUCAAAUGACAAAGCGGCAUGCAAUGCUGAUACAGGAAAUUAGUGAGAGUAGUUCAUCGGAGGAGGUGAAGCAAUAUCUAGACAAUGAGGCAUGUGCAAUUGAAUCAAUAAAUUCGAAAAUAAUGAAAAUUGAAUCACCCAAAGAGUAUCUUGUCGAUUCACCUGCAAGCUCAGAUGAUUGCAAUAAAAAUGUUAUAGAUGUUGAGCCACAGCAAAUUAUUGUACAAGAAAUCGUUGAAAGUAGCUCGAAUGAAAGUGUGAAAAAUGAAAUUUUAGACUCAAUGUCAAAGCAACCCGCACACGUUGAGUGUGAGACGACGAGCAUAACAAUCGUGUCGAGUAAAGUAAUAAAUAUAAAAGAGCUUCCAUCGGAAAAUAACAGUGACAAUAAUCAUAACAAUAAUAAUGACAAUAAUAAGAUAUUGACAACAAAUGGAGCAAUUCCAACAUCUCCAACAGCCUCAACAGCUCCAGAAACAACAAAAGUAAAGUUAUUCGAAUGUAAAUCAGAGAAGAAACUCAACAAAGCCGAAGAGGCGAUAAUUGAAGCAUUAUAUGGUAAUAGUAAUCUAUUGCAAAUACCAAAUACUCCUUUAGAUGUGAUAUCCGAAGAAGGUAGUGAUUGUAGUGAUAUUGAGAGACAAAAUUCGGCAUCAAAAUUGCAUGACAUCAUAUCCAAUGAUAAUAACAAUAAUAAAACAAAAGGCAUAACCCAAGCAAUUGAUGAUUAUGAUGAGGAUGAGGAUGAUGAUGUGUUUUUGCCAACGACCGUACCAAAUGAUGCCAAAUAUCAUAGACAGAGAAUAUUACAAACGUUGCAGAAACAAAGAGCGACAAGAGGCAUUCUUGAGCAGCCACAAUUGAUUAAUACAAAAAUAAUUGAGGCAGAAUCAAAUGUACAAGAGAGUUGUAAGUCAUGGGAAACAAAACAAAGCGAUAGUGAACUACAAGCUGAAUUAGUUUAUCUCACAUCAACCUCAAGCAGCGCUACAGAUCUCAGCGAAAGAAGUAACAACACGGACACAGAAGAUGUGGAGGAAGAUACAUCAGAAGAUACAGAAACUAAUUCAUUACUCGAAAACAUCUCCGUGCCUUCAUUAUACAAUGUUAAUUCUAUUGAGAUGAAUGAUGAGGAAAAUGAGAAAGAACAUAAGAAACAUGAGCAUGUAAUUGAUGACGUUGCUACUACUGCCAACAGCAAUAAUAAUAUCAGCAGAAUACAAUAUCAACAACUACAGUCGUCAGAUUAUUAUCAAGAGAUUAAUGAGCAACAAAAACUACCUGACAUACUUGAAGAAGAGGAUGAGGAGCAGCAAGCUCGUUCCAUUCUCGAUAUAAUUGAGAGUCAGCAACAAAUAGAAGAUGUAAAUAAAGAAUUACAUCAUCUUGUCAGUAGUCUCGGAAAUGAGGAGAAUAAAUACGAGCGUAAAAGAAUUGAAAGAAAAAGAAGCCAAAGCAACAGCAACAGUGAGAAUGUAUGCGAUGAAACUAUUACUGUUAUCACAUGUGAUUCCGAUAAAAAACUAAUUAAUGAAAAGGAACAUGAACAAAAUAUAAUUCCGAAAGCUGAAUCGAAAAGUGGAACACCAACACCGACACAAAUACGCCGUAAAUAUUCCUCCGAUUCGUCAACGUCAUCAUCGAACAGUCAAUGUACAAUUAUUCGGCAAAUCGUAUCCAUUGAUAAUGUUCAUGCACUAAAAGAUUUAUGCAUGCAAUCGAUUAAUAACACCUCGAAUGAAAAUGAAGGUAAAAUAACCAUACAUAAGAAACUCAAUAGCUUAUCGCGAAAUGCGCCAAGCAUACCAAUUAUAAAUGAACUUGAAUUGCAUUAUGAAUGCGAUAAUAAUGACCUUCAGUGUCGUGAGAAUGUAACGAAAUCGAGAGAUAAAGUCAUAACAAUCUUACAAGUGCCUCCAGAAAUGAAUUCGUGCAACAAUAAUAAUCAAUCAUGUGGCAGUGGCAGUAUGGUCGAUGAAAAGGAACGAUGGUUCGGAAUGCAGUCAUCACAAAUGCCCAAUUUAAUGGUCGCUUUAUCGCCAUUACAAAAAGAUUAUAUGAAUAAGAAUUCACAAGAUUCCAACAGCGCCACGACAAGUGCCGAUGUAUUAUUAGAUAUGCAUAAGAAAUUUGUCGAACGUCGUGCGUAUCAUGAAGAAGACAUGUGUCGUGUUUUGGAUGACGAGAUCAACGGCAGAAAUAGCAACGACACAUCGCGAAUUGUAAAUAUUUCAAUAAGUUCACCGGAUCAGUUGGAAGAUUCAAAUCUAUCGAAGAACAGCAGUAGCAAUAAUGAAUGUGCAAUAAAAUCAAAUCGUGAUGGUGAUGGUGAUAAAAUAAGUGAUGAUAAUAAUCUAGUCGAUAAACCUAACACUGAAAUUGAUACAAUGAAUGCAAUAAGAAAUUUAAUUUUACGCGAAUCUGCGGCUAUUCGUGAUGUUGAUGAUGCUAGCGAUGAUAAUAAUAAUAUCGAAGGCAAAGAAGGAUUUCAAGUGAAUAAAUAUGAAUUGGAAAAUGAAUUGAGGAGACUCGAUUGCGAAAGGAAAGAACUUGAAGAGGAAUUGAAGAACAUUCAGUCAUUACAGCAUUUUAAACGUGAAGAAUUCUUAUAUCAACAGAAAAAAUUGGACGACGAGGAACGAAUGAAGAAUGAAAGUCAAACAACAAUUAUUGAGAGCCACUCGAGUUCCAGCAGUGACAGUAAUAAUACUAAUACGAAUAAUUUAAAUAAUAAUAAUAAUAAUAAUGUGAACAAGUAUGUAAACGAUGACUUCAACGACUUCAUUAAUUCAAAUGAAAAAUUGCACCAGGAAAUUUAUAAUGAGUGGCAAGAUAAAGUCUACGAGCGUACUGAACGAAAAUUACAGAAAAUGCUCAAAAUAACGAGCAUAAAUGAUAAUAAUUGCGAUAAUUCUUAUAGUGAACCACCACAAAGACCACGAGAGCGGGCAGCUAGUGAAAGAAUAGUUCCGUUGAAUGAUGAAUUUCUUGCGAGAGUCAAAGAACGACAAAAGCGCUUAUCUCUUCCACUUGAUGAUAAUUUAGAUGCCAGUACUGAAUCAUUGCUUAACGAUGGCAAUGAGACUGAAAAUGGCAUCAUGAAAAAGAAAAAGAAGAAAGUUUUUCAUGCUGAUGAUAAUAAGGAAAACUUUCCAGUGCAUUUUCAAGAAUUUAUUGAAUAUUGUGAGCAGGAAAUUGUCCAAAGUAAAAAUUCCGUUGAAAGUGGUAAUUGGUCCGAACAAAAUCGCUCACAGGAGUUAAUACAGAAGAAAUUAGAUUCACCACCACCGGCGCCUGUAUGGUCACCAAAAUCAGCACCACCAUCUCCUACUACUGACAGAAAAUUUCGACCUGUACCAUUCGAAUCUCCUACAUUAUCACGCAAAAAGCUAAUAACCAAAGACUGUCCAUCACCACCACCCUGGACAGAUCCUGACUAUAAAGAUAAGCCAUACCAAGGAUCCAUCAUAAAGAGCAGUAGUCUUAACACAAUCUCAUCACCGCGCGUUCAACAACAAAAUCACGUCAUAUUUAGAAAGGCAAAAGCUGAUCAAUUUAAUGAGAAAUUUGACAAAGGCACACAGAACACAUCACCGAAAGAUAAAUUGAUAUCAUUCAAAACGACACCUUUAAAAUCUAGUAAAUCAAAUGAAUUAGUCUAUUCUAUUAAGCAAAGAGAUAGUGAAGUCAAAGACAGUGACAUCAACAAUAAUAAUAAGAGAAGUAAUAAUAACGAAGCAACAAUCUCAACUGUUACGACGACGACGACUAAAAAGAUGACAACACAGCAACAGAAUUCACCAAAGAAAAUUGAUGGCGUUGGUCCUACCACGUCAGAAGGAAUGCCACUGUCCCUUAGAUCGGAAGUAACAGACAUGAGCCGUGACCAAUGGUAUAAGAAGAUGUACAACACAAUACAUAAAGCCAAAGAUGACGAUAAUUAUGUGACUGUCAAAUAUAAAACAAGACGAGGAAUUCCAUAUAAAUCCAAUGGAUACGCUUCCGAGCCGGAUACAAACUACGAUUCGGACUAUAUAGUUAAGUAUAGUAGCGGUGCAAGUUCCGACAGGCAAAGAACAAUAUCAAUAGGUAACCAAAGUGAAGAUAGAUAUGGUUCCAUGGAGCAGCCUGUCAAGCCACUCAUUGGACAAUAUAAAAUUCAACCAGGGCGAAUUGAAAAUUAUACGCCAGGAAAGUCAUCAGUUUCAGACAAAGAGGCUAAACAGUGGUGGGAUGAUAUAAUGGAAAUUUUCGAUGGGCAUCUUGAGCAACAGAAAUUAGCAUCCAAUUAUACGCAAGGAAAUCUUUCAAGAGCAUUGAAGGAUCAAGGAUACCAAAGUGAUUCAACACUAGUCUUCAAAAAGAAAAAUGAUGUAGAGCAAUUAAGUCCCGUCGAAACGAAAAUAGCUUACAGAAGUUUUCAAGAAGGCGGGGAAGUGCCAUUACAUGGCUUUCGAAAGCAUGCACCUGAAAAACCAAAAGUUGACUUAGACUCAUUCACAUACUCACCAAGAACACCAUCAACACCCCCAUUAGUUCCCCCAAAAAAUAAUUAUAAUUUAAACGGCUAUUUUUCAGACUCUCAAAAAAAGUACGUCGAAAAUGAUGUGAAUAUACAUUAUAAAGUACCAGUUCGUUAUGAGUUUAAGCAUGCAAUUCCGGAUGAUGAACUGGCGCGUCAGCAAGCAGAACAUAUGAAAAAAGUCUAUCAAGAGGAACGCCGUAGAAAGUAUUUACAAGAAUUGCAAGACAUGAACAACCGUAGACACACAGAUAAUUUUACACCAUCCCAAAAGUCCCCUAUUGCACUUAACCGUUAUGAUGAUUUUGCAUAUAAUAUACCACCUCCAUCAAAAUCACCUGUCAAUCUUCCAGGAACUGUAGCGAGGGCCCUGUAUAGUUUUCAAGGACAAUCCAAUAGAGAGCUGUCAUUCAAGAAAGGUGACAUAAUCUAUAUCAGACGUCAAAUCGAUAAGAACUGGUAUGAGGGAGAACAUAAUGCUACGAUUGGGCUAUUGCCUGUUCAGUAUGUAGAUAUAAUUGCUAAUGAUGGUUCACGUCCAACACCACCAUUGCCUACAAAAAAGCCAUCAGAGGGUCAAGCUAGAGCCAAAUAUAAUUUUGUAGCACAAUCAGAUAUUGAAUUGUCAUUAAACAAAGGUGAAUUAGUAUCGCUAACAAGGCGUGUCGAUCCAAAUUGGUUCGAGGGACGUAUUGGAAAUAGAAAAGGCAUCUUUCCUGUAUCCUACGUUGACGUUCUAACGGAUAUUGGAAGUGAAGAUUUAGAAAAUGAUAUUGUUACGACAACAACCACAGUAACCAAAACUUUCAUACCAACCUCCUCAUCGCCAAUACCAUAUUCGAACUCAGAUGUUGUUCGAGAGACAAAAACCAUUAGGAAAACAGAAGUUCUGCAUGUUGACACCGCAAAUGAACCAAUCACCUACCGUGCAGUGUACAAUUAUCGACCUGUAAAUUCUGAUGAAUUGGAAUUAAGAGAGGGCGAUCUUGUUUAUGUACUUGAACAGUGCGAUGAUGGAUGGUAUGUUGGAACUAAUAGUCGUACGGGCUUCUUCGGCACUUUCCCUGGAAACUAUACAAAACGAGUCUAUUAA